AGAAAGUUAUAUUUGUUGUCACCGUGCUAUCACUCCCAGACUGGCUGCUGCUACAAAACCGGCUACUGACAACGUCAGCCACCCUCUGAUUGACUGUUUUUGACAUCAAGUCAUAAAUGCUGACGGUCUACACAUCUAAUCACACAAAAUAUGAGAUGUGUGCAGCUACUGUUGGCAUCAGAGUCCAGUCGGAUACACAGCUUGGUGGGUAUUACCAGCUCUACCUCAGGAUGGUUCAGUGUUACCAACAGAAGAGUGUGUGGCCUUACUACCUCUACCCCCCGUACAGUAUAUCGUACCUCCCAUCUACAGGUUCCGGUACGUCAUUCCCCAUUUGAUACAAGUUGGUUACAGCAGAGAAGAUCUUUGUGCAGUGUAACAUUUACCAACACUUCUACUGCAGAGGCAGUAACACCAGAACAAGAAGUAGUUCUCAGAUAUGUACAACCAACUUCCCAAGUGACAAUGCUUAUGAACUACUUUAAUAUAUCAAGAAAUACUGUCUAUAGAAUACUAAAGAAGGAGCCUCGCCUUAAGGCCUGCGAUGUUUACACCCUGGCUCGUAAUAUGACUACUUUUAUGGAAAAUUGUUUAUGUCCAGAAGAGGUAAAAGAAUUCAUUUCACUGUUGUACCGCUGUCCCCUGACCAUGGAACACAACAUAGCUAUCUUGAAGGAACUAGGUCUGCAUAAUCUCACAGCCUAUUACUAUAUUCAAUUUAAUAAACUAUUCAAGUGCAAAGUUUCACUAAUGAAGAGUUGGAGACUCCUGCCAGAGAAGUAUGACCCCCGAGAGUCAGUGUUGGCUGCUAUGGGUGUACCACAAGAACUGCUGCUCACAGUUAACCUUCCUCAGGAUAUAAAUGAGUGCACUUUGUCUGAGGUGCACAGAGAACUUAGCAUUGUGUUCCUGCGUUGGUGUCUGAAGUGUGACCAGGACAACAUUGGCAAACUGCGUCGGACAUACAACCUCACUAAGAGCAUGAAAUUGCAGCAGCAAGUGGUACAUCAGCUUCAUCAUCAGUGGGAUAUUGGAACUUCCAAGAUUAUACAAAAUGGUUUCUUGCUGACUUGUAGUCCUCUCAAUAUGGCCCUUAUUGAGAAGGAGAUGAGGCUCAUAGCAGGAACAGACAUCAAGGAUUUAGUGUCCUUGACUCCUCGUAUUCUCACCGUCCCGUACCAUCAACUGACACAGAUUGAUUCUAUCCUGAACAAAAUCGGGGUGACUCCGGAAUCACUGAAAGCUGUACCCAGGAUAUGUACACUACACCCAGACACACUCCAACAACGCUUCAGUCUACUUCAACAAAUCCCUGAGUUUGCUGCCCUACGCCCACACCCACGUAUGUUACGACUGCUGUGUUAUUACAAUAAAGUUACGUAUCGUUUAGAUCUCUUACAACAGGUGAAAAAUACUAACGUUGUACCAAGUCUCAACACAUUAUCAGGUAGCAAGAGCAGAUUCCAUAAAUACAUUACUGUAGGCGACCUCAGGGAGAACAAACGAGAUGUCAUCAUCUGCUUGGGAGAACUCUUGAAUGAAAAGUCAAGUGUCAUUAGAAAAUGCCUCCAUAUCCAGUGUUGGGGGCAACAUACGACUGUUGUAAGUGUUAGAAAGAACCUUUCAGCAUUAUUAAAAGAAGGUUUCUCUAAGAAACAAAUACUGUCGGCUUUGGAUGUGGUAUUGUACCCACCAGAGCUGCUACUUGACCAGCUCACGCAGCUGCCAUGCAGACCUCAAGCUCAGCCAUUCUUAAACAUCAAGACAGAUCUAAAUGUUUUGCAGCUUCUUCUCUAUUUCAUGGAGAAAAAUGCAUCAUGUAGUCUGCCUAGAUGCUGAAAAUAUUCACUCUUAUUGUAUACCUUCUGUAUACUGACUUAUUGUUUGCACUGCAUAAAACUGCAUGUAAAGAAAGCCCAAAUUUAUAAACUUCAUAAAAUGUUAUAUGUAUAGUAAUAAACAAUUAUUUUUAUAAA